UUCCAAAUACACAAUACGAAUUUCAUCAACUAGAACUCGACUAAUGGAUGCCAAAGUGAACAUAGACUCGAUUACAGACCGUCUGUUACAAGGAGUUCGACAGCUGCAGCCUGGUAAGAACGUUCAACUAUCAGACUUUGAGGUUCGUCACCUCAUAUCCAAGUCACGAGAGAUCUUCUUAUCUCAGCCGAUGCUUCUGGAACUUGACGCACCGUUGAAAAUCUGCGGCGACAUCCACGGGCAGUACGACGAUCUUCUUCGUCUCUUCGCAGCCGGUGGAUUCCCUCCCAGUGUCAACUAUCUCUUCCUCGGUGACUAUGUCGACAGAGGUAAACAAUCUAUUGAAACAAUUUGUCUCCUCAUGUGCUACAAGAUAAAGUACCCUGAAAACUUCUUUCUUCUCAGAGGCAACCAUGAGUGUGCAAGUAUCAAUAGAAUCUACGGAUUCUACGACGAGUGCAAAAGGAGAUACAGCGUCAAAUUGUGGAAGACCUUCUGUGAGUGUUUCAACUGCCUUCCAGUUGCUGCGAUUAUUGAUGAGAAGAUCUUUUGUUGCCACGGAGGACUCAGUCCGGAUCUAAAGAGUAUGGAUCACAUCAGGCGUAUUAAACGACCCACGGACAUUCCUGACCAAGGUCUUCUCUGUGACCUUCUCUGGGCUGAUCCAUCGGAAGAUAUAGCAGGUUGGGGUGAGAAUGACCGAGGGGUUUCAUUCACCUUUGGAAAUGAAGUCAUUUUGAGAUUCCUCGCGAAGUUUGACAUGGAUUUGAUCGCAAGAGGUCAUCAAGUUGUUGAAGAUGGCUAUGAGUUUUUUGCCAAUAGAAAACUUGUAACUAUAUUCUCCGCACCCAACUAUUGCGGGCAGUUCGACAACGCUGGUGCUAUGAUGACGGUGGGGGAGGAUCUCAAGUGUUCUUUUCAAGUUUUAAAACCUCACGAAUCCACGAGAGCGUCACAAUAUUACAAGUUUCCAAAGGUAGAGACGUCUUUAAGGAAUUCUAUCACGAAAAAAUAAAGGUGAGAGAAAGAACGUGGAUUUUGUAUGCGUAUAUUACGUUUAGGAAACUGCAAGGUUGAAUGUCAGAGCAACUUGUUUGGCGACAAAUAUAUUCAAAUAGAGUGAA